ACCAGACUACACCGUCCUAGCCGUGUGCAUGAGCAUCUCAGCAAUCAACACGUUGUCCUCUGAUUCAGUCUCACAGCGGUGGCGUAUUCAAAGGUCUCCAGGACAAAAUAAUAAACUCUUACUUAAAAAGCGAACUAGCCUAUGAGUUGUAAACGAGUGUUUUUACCAACAAUACUAAUUGAGCCCUUGAAUCUAGUCGGACAUGAACAGUAAUUGACGCGGGCUUCUGUUUCUAUGGUUCUACUGCGCGCACUUUGAUCUGAGCUGUCCACUCGUGGUGCUGAAGUGGACUCCGUACAUGCGCUCCCGUCAUAGACGUUAUGUACAGUUAAAAAAGGCAUCUUUAGUUAUUUUUUAGUAUUAUGUGUGGUUCUGGGAGGAAAAAAAUAUUUCUUUCUAACACUAGCGCUCUGCACUUCGUGCUAAAAACUGUGGGUCGCGCGGACCUACGGCUUCUGUGGUGAUUGGCUGUCAUCGGAUGACAUCACUAACCGUUUCGUAUCCUCUUUAAAUUCCUUGAAAAGACGUCGAGAUCUCGCUCAACAUCUGGCGAAUCUCAAAAACUCCGUCCAGUAAAAAAGGGGGCUCAGUUUUGUUAGCAGUCAGGCGGAAAUGGCUGCUGUACUCACGAGUCUCUCAACAGCGGCGGGGGCCUCGCGUGCUCAGAGCGCGUGACGGGGAGAGCAGAGUAGCUGGAACAUGAGGAGAGCACUUUUAACAGGGAUAAGGAGAAACUACGCAUUGUGAACCAACUGGAUUUUUAUGGGUUUUUCCUUUUGCCCUGAUAUGCAUCUUUACUAAUCAUGCAACAUGAAUGUAACUAACAGCACUGGAGCGGACGGACCUGCGCCCUGGAACUUUACCGGUUCACUUAGUAACUUGUCAAGUGAUGAUAAUGUCAGCUGUGACAAAAGCAGCACCAGUGGGUCGUGUCCCAUUGCUGAGGUCGCUGGGAGCCCAUACAAGACAGUGGAAAUGGUCUUCAUUGCCUUGGUUACUGGAUCAAUCAGCUUUGUCACUGUGGUGGGUAACAUCCUGGUAAUGCUGUCUAUCAAAGUCAACCGGCACCUCCAGACUGUCAACAAUUACUUCUUGUUCAGUUUGGCAUGUGCAGACCUCAUUAUUGGUGUGUUCUCAAUGAAUCUCUACACUGUAUAUAUCCUGAAGGGCUAUUGGCCGCUUGGCCCAGUGGUGUGUGAUCUUUGGCUGGCUCUGGAUUAUGUUGUCAGUAAUGCCUCUGUCAUGAAUCUGCUGAUUAUCAGCUUUGAUCGCUAUUUUUGUGUAACCAAACCACUAACUUACCCAACACGUCGCACAACCAAGAUGGCUGGUCUGAUGAUUGCCUCAGCCUGGAUCCUCUCCUUCAUUCUGUGGGCUCCUGCUAUUCUCUUCUGGCAGUUUAUUGUAGGGGAACGCACUGUGGAACCAGGAGCAUGCUAUAUCCAGUUUCUCUCUAACCCUGUGGUCACAUUUGGCACAGCAAUUGCUGCAUUCUAUCUUCCAGUGGUCAUAAUGACAGUGCUGUACAUUCACAUCUCCUUAGCUAGCCGCAGCCGUGUGACAAAGCAGAAGCCGGAAGCUAAGAAGGAGAAAAAAGGCUUGAGGUCUGCUGGACUGCUGAAGAGGCACAUACUAAGGCAGAACAACAAUAAUCAGUCUCCUCCUAAACCCAGCCUGGAUUCAUGCAGCACAGCUGAAACCAUGAAAAAUGGACAGCUUGAUGAGGCCAUGAUGCCCAAUAAAGCUGAUGGCAACAUGCAGCAUGAGGAGAAGGAGAGCUCAAAUGAUUCCAGCACGGCUAGCAUUGCACCUAAAGAACCCAAGGAAAGAGCCAACAAUGCAAGUACCUCACAAAAAGGCUUGUCAUCUGGUUCUGCCCAAGUUCCCAAACUCAGCUCAGUGUCUAAAUGGUCGAAGAUCAAGAUUGUCACCAAGCAGACAGGAGAUGAGUGCAUCACUGCUAUCGAGAUAAUCCCCCCAGAAAGUGGUACAGAGGGCCGCUCUAUCCCAAUCAACCGGCCCCGCACAGUGGUACGCAAGUUUGCCAGCAUUGCCCGCAGCCAAGUGAAAAGGAAAAGACAAAUGGCAGCCCGUGAGAAGAAAGUGACAAAGACAAUCUUUGCCAUCCUUCUGGCCUUCAUCAUUACAUGGACCCCAUAUAAUGUGAUGGUCCUUAUCAGCACAUUCUGUCAGUCCUGUGUGCCAGACACAGUCUGGGCCAUUGGCUACUGGCUUUGCUAUGUCAACAGCACCAUAAACCCAGCCUGCUAUGCUUUGUGCAAUGCUACCUUUAAAAAGACCUUUAAGAACCUCCUUAUGUGCCAGUACAAAAACAUUGGAACCAGGUGAACUGGAUAUACUCCUCUGGAUUCUGAUGGAUAAUUGGGUUGUCCCCAGUAUUCUAGCCCAGUGUCUCUAAUGCACUAAAAUCUGGAAUGUAUCAUGUGUUAUCUUGUAUAAGGUUUUGAUGCUUAGCGCAUUGUUUCAUUCCAGAUUUCUAAACAAACAAAUACAUACCUACAUACAUACAUACAUACAUACAUACAGAUGGUAAAAUAAUUAUUCAACAGAUCAUUAUUUUUCUCAGUAAAUAUAUUUCUAAAGGUGCUAUUGACAUGAAAUUUUCACCAGAUGUUGGCAUGCAAUCCACACAUGCAAAGAAAUCAAACCAUGUCCAUAAAUUACAUUAUGUUUAAUAAUGGGAAAUGAUACAGGGGGAAAGUAUUGAAUACGCUUACUGAAAUUUAUUUAAUACUUUGUACAAAAGCCUUUGUUGGUAAUGGCAGCUUCAAGAUGUCUCCUGUAUGGAGAAACUAGUUGCAUGCAUUGCUCAGGUGUGAUUUUGGCCCAGUCAAAUCUUGAAGGUUCCAUGAGCCUCUUCUAUGUCAGGUGAUUGGCUGAGCCAUUCUAACAGCUUUAUUUUCUUUCUCUGAAACCAAUUGAGAGUGUCCUUGGCUGUGUGUUUGGGAUAAUUGUCAUGCUGAAAUUGUCCAUCCUCUUUUCAUCUUCAUCAUCCUGGUAUAUGGCAGCAGAUUUUUAUUUUUAUUAUGGCAUCCAGAGUUCAAAAUUUCUCACCUGACCAGAAUAUAUUCCCCCAGUAUUUUACUGGUUUGUCCAAAUGUUGUGCAGCAAACUUUAAACGAGCUUCAAAAUGGUUUUUAUUCAGCAAUGGAGUCUUCCAUGGUGAGCAUGCAUACAGGCCAUCGCAGUUGAGUACUUAUUGUUUUCUUUGAAACAAUUAUUCCUGCUUAUUCCAGGUGUUUCUGGACCUUUUCACAAGUGGUCCUUGGCUCUUGGACAACUCUUCUGAUAAUUCAUUUCACUCCUCUGUCAGAAAAUUUUGCAAGGAGCACCUGGUCAUGGCCAGUUUAUGGUGAAAUGAUGUUCUUUCCACUUCCAGAUUAUGGCCUUAACAUUGCUCACUGGAACAUUCAGUUUUGAAAUCCUUUUGUAACCAAUGCUAUCAGUAUGUUCAGCAACAAUAAGGUUGCGAAGGUCUUGAGAGAGCUCUUUGCUUUUACCCAUCAUGAAAUGUUUCUUGUGGGACACCUUGGUAACGUGACACCUUUUUAUAGGCCAUCAGUUGGAACUGAAGCAGCCAAUAUUAAUUUGCACUGACAAGGGGCAGGAUUGCUUUCUAAUUACUGAUUGAUUUCAGCUGGUAUCUUGGCUCUCCAUGCCUUUUGCAUCUCCCUUCCUUCAUGUGUUCAGUACAUUUCCCCUUUGUCAUUUCACAUUAUUACACAUAACUUAAUUUUAAUCUUUGGUUUGAUUUCUUUGCAUGGAUGGGUUGUUACCAACAUCUGGUGAAAAUGUCAUGUCAAUAGCACCUUUAGAAAUAUAUUUACAGAAAAAAAUGGUGACAGGUUCAAUACUUAUUUUCCCCAAUGUACAUACAUACAAAGAUACAUACAUGCAUACAUACAUACAUACAUACAUACAUAAAUUAAAUAAAGACUGCUCCUACAGUCUCCAGACUGUACACUGAUCAUUGUAUUAAUAUCUGAUCAGGGGAACUCAUCUGCUGCUGGUAAAUAUACUUGUAUAUAAUGCUUGUAUAUAAUACUGCCAAGUUCAUCACCAAAUCAUAUGAUUUGCUUUAGUUGAGUGACAGGAUCGGAAAAAGGUCGUAUAGUAUUCAUUGGUGCGGAAAGAUAAUCCAAUACAAGAACAUUAAAAAAAAAGUUUUCCAAACUUUGGUGACAAAUAGAACAAAUGUCAACAAUGUGUCUAUUCACGCUAAGGACAAGUGCUGAGAUACCACUAUUUUGUUUGACAAAGACAAUGUAACGCAAAGGAAUAUUGAUGAACUGUUUUUCCCAGAUAGAUCCCAACCUGUUGUGGUAAAGAACUGUCUAUAUAUAAACAAGCAUGUAUGUAUGACAUAAGUCUAUGGCAUUUUUAACUGGGUGAGGGUAUGUAUAUAAUAUGUAACAUGCUUAAAAAUACUCUAAUUACAAAGUAAUUUUUUCCUGCAUUUUAUAUGUACUGUGUUUGUACUCUUGUAUUUAAUUAGUAAUUUACAUUUAAUUUCACAAAUUAUGAAAUGUAUUGCUGUCUAUAACCAAAUGUAUCAAAGUUUCUCAUAUAUUAUCAUGUUAGUGCAGUUCAGGAGAAUAUUUACAGUAUAGUAGAAAGGAGAAGGGUGCUGCAAAUAUCUGUUGAAAAGCUUCUCCUUCCUCGUGAGAACAGAGCCAGCCUGACUGUGCCAUCUAAAACCCACCAAAAUGCUAAAUAUCUGUAUUUUAGAUCUGUAUAUCAAUUAUUUCUGCAAUAGAAAAAGAAGACACAUUUAUGCCUCUAAAAUGCUAUUUUUUCUAGCAAAAGUACUUAAAUCCUAGUUAAAAACUACUAACAUGCUGGUGCUCACCAUUUAAAUAUAUCAUCUAGUGAGCUAACCUACUAUAAUCUAGCUUGGAAAAGCUUGGAUGGAGGCAUUCCCUGUCUCAUAUUGGUUUUCUCCUAGCAAUAUUAUUAUUUAAUUAAGCUGCCUAUUAGAAGCCUUUGAAAAAAAUACUUAGCCAACCAAAUUCACAAUUGAAACAGAUAAACAAGCUUUCAUUAAAGCACAAAUUAGAAAAUGUCUCCUGGAUCAUCCCGACAGAAUUCUAAUUUUUGGGACAUUGCUUGCAUCCACAUCAGUACUGAAGCCACAGAUCCUGUUUAAUGCUCACUGAACCAACCUGUUUUUGUGCUUUAGAUAUUACACAUAGGAAUUACCAGUCAUCAUGAUACAUAAUAAUCUACUUGUUAUUCAGUCAGCUACAUCACAGCUAGCUAAUUAUGAAAAAUAGAGUAAUUAAUAAGCUACAGGACAGAAAAUUAUUUAACCGCUAACUAUUGUUUAAAUGCUUUAGUUAGAAAGAAGAAAAAUAAAACCUUUAAUUUGGCUGAUUCUCUCUGGACUAGGACAGCAAUCAUGCUCUUUCAUGGCAGUGUGUAUCCUUGCAAUUAACCUUCAUGGCACCUCUGUCCAGUGAUUUAUUUGUUAUUUAUCAAACAUUGUGGUCUCUAUAAUGCUGGAUAAAUAAAAAUGGGAAAGCUUAGUCUUUUAUCAUUUUUUUGUACUAACGGUCUGUUGAAAUCUAGGAAUGCUCCAGAGCAAUAUACCAGAGCUGUGUACAAUAAUAGACAAGGCUUUCCCUAAUAAAUUUCA